UGGCCAAGGCGCAGGAAAGCGAAGAGAAGUGUGUCCGGCGACUAAAGCUAAUUCCCAGAGGAGUCAUCACUGUUCCUGCGGGUUUAAUUGACUGAAAUAAUGGUACAAUCGAAACGUGUAAAUGUUUAGAAACAUUUAGCGUUUGGUGCACAUUGGAAGGAUUGAUCAGGACGCGCACUGGGAGGGAAGAAAAAGCUGACAAAUUGUACUCGACCUUGUUUGCACGACUUUUUAGAGUUUUGUGUUGCUCGUUAUGCUUACAUGUAUUAUUGGCAUUUUAUACAUAUGUCUAUAUGCCACUUUCUUCUGAUCAUUUUGGACAUAUGGCUAGCAGGGACGUGGUCCAGAACUUUUUUUGAAAGUAUGAUCUUUUGUCACAAAGGACUAAGUCAUAAAACUAGAACGAGACCUUGAAUUCCAGUCUUAUUUACUGUGGUAUCUAAUGAUGACUACAUUUUUGGACGCCAUUUGAUACUUGGCGCAGGAUAGACAACGACAAAGGAACCACAAGAGCUCAAGUUUGGACCCCUAAUGACACAAGAAGGAGCAGUAUUAUCUGUAUAAAUUGCAUGUUUCGAAUGUCAACAUGACAGUUAAACUGGACUUCGAAGAGUGCUUAAAAGACUCCCCCAGGUUCAGGGCAGCCAUUGAGAUGGUGGAGGGCAAUGUGAGUGAACUGGAGACACGUCUUGAAAAGCUGGUGAAGCAGUGUAACUCCAUGCUGGAAGCAGGGAAAGUGUACUGCCAGAGUAGUAAGAGCUUUGUGAAUGGGCUUAGAGAGCUGGGACACUACUGCUCUGAGGACAGUACUAUGGGGGACUGUUUGGAAAAAUUCUCCAAGAAGCUGUCCAUCAUCCUCAGUGCUCAGGAGGAACUUAUUGAAGCCACACAGAAGUCAGUGAAACUGAAGCUUCAGGGUUUUGUGAAGGACGAUGUCAAGCAUUUUAAGGAUGUGCGUAAGGAGUUUGAGCGUAACAGUGAGACUCUGGAGGCAGCGUUGGGGAGGAAUGCACAGGCGCCUCGGGGGAAGCAGCAUGAGGUUGAGGAGGCCAGCCAGGCCCUCCUCACUGCCCGCAGAGCCUUCAGAUCAGGGGCGCUGGACUAUGUCCUGGAGAUCAACGUCAUUGAAUCCAAGAAGAAGACUGAAAUCCUGUUGGUGAUGCUCUCUCUCAUGGAGGCCCAGGCUUUGUUCUUCCAGCAGGGCCACCAGUCUCUCACAGAACUGGAGGAGUACCGCAAGCACCUCGGCGAUGAGCACACAAAACUAGUUCUGAAUUCUGCAAGAGAGAAAAGGGACAUGGAACAGAGACAUGCAGCCAUCAAGAAAAAGGACAUGUCUUAUGAUGACUCAGUCAUGGAUUUUAACCUGGAUGCACCCACUGGCAUUGCAAUGGAGGGAUACCUCUACAAGAGAGCCAGUAAUGCCUUCAAAACAUGGAGCAGACGCUGGUUUUCCAUUCAGAAGAACCAGUUGGUCUACCAAAAGAAAUUCAAAGAGCAACCUACAGUGGUGGUGGAGGACUUGCGUCUGUGCACAGUAAAACCGUGCACUGAACAGGAGAGACGCUUCUGCUUUGAGGUCGUCUCUCCCGCCAAGAGUUGUCUAUUGCAAGCAGAUUCGGAGCAACAGCAGCAAGGUUGGAUGAGUGCAGUUCAGAACAGCAUCGCCUCAGCAUUUCAGGAGAGGAGAGAGGAUGCUCUCAGCCCCAGGGAGCGUUGCAGUUCUGUGUCUGGAAUCAUGAAUAUCGGUGGGGGGGAGCAGCAGAACUCUGGCUGCAAAGCACUGGAGGAGGUGCAGGCUAUCCCAGGGAAUGGGCACUGCUGUGACUGCAGAGAACCUGGACCUGACUGGGCGUCCAUUAACCUGGGCAUAACACUUUGUAUCACCUGCUCUGGAAUACACAGGAGCCUGGGUGUCCACUUCUCUAAAGUGCGGUCUCUAACUCUGGACUCCUGGGAGCCAGAACUCGUUAAACUGAUGUGUGAGUUAGGAAAUACAGCCAUUAACCGAAUCUACGAGGCGCGCAUUGAAGAAAUUACUAUAAAGAAACCACACCCCUCCAGUCCCAGGCAGGACAAGGAGUCAUGGAUCCGCUCGAAAUAUGUGGAGAAAAAAUUUAUCCACAAACUUCCCGAAACAGGCCGUGCUCCACCCCUGCGACGUUCCAGCGCACGCCGUAACCGAGCAACAACACAAGAAAGAGAGGGCACACGUCCCGCUCUAAAACCCAAGCCAAACAGAGCCACCCUGCCACGCCUCACAGGCCUUACCCCAAGUGAAAUAAUGAAGACCACUACUGCUCCUCCCAAAGAUGAGGAAGAGGAGGACUUGAGUGGUCUUCAUCCGGGCGCUCUACUCUAUAGGUCUGCAACGCUGCAGCACUUUCCGGUCAUGGCCGACGCAUUGGCUCACGGAGCUGACGUCAACUGGGUUAAUGUAGCCGAGGACAACAAAACACCACUCAUACAGGCAGCUACCGUGAAUUCUCUGGCAGCAUGCGAGUUCCUGCUGCAGAACGGUGCUAACGUCAACCAGGCUGACUCUGAUGGAAGAGGACCCUUACACCAUGCUACAAUACUGGGACAUACCGGGUUGGUGUGCCUGUUUUUGAAGAGAGGAGCAGACUAUAAUGCCAAGGACAUCAACGAGAAGGACCCAAUCACCAUAGCAGUAGAGAGUGCCAACGCUGACAUUGUUACUCUCCUCAGAAUAGCCAAGAUGAAUAAGGAGAUGCGGGAGAUGGAUGGCUUCGCCCAAUCAGGUGAUGAGACCUAUCAGGAUAUUUUCAGAGACUUCUCUCAAAUGGCCUCCCACAACCCAGAGAAGCUGAAGCGCCGCAGCACUGACAUUAAAAGCCCAUAACCACAAGAUGGCACUGCUGUACAGGUUUUUUGUUUUCCAAACACGCAGACACACAGAGACAUGACCUCGGACUCAUUUGUUGUUCUCUUAGGCGAACAGCUCAUUUCAGUUUGUCAGCGUUAGUGGGCGUUACGACAAAGAUGCAGUGUUUGACAGAGUGACAUCACCGUUUUCUUAAGCCACACUGGCUCUGGCUAUGGACAUUGUUUAAAAUCACACCGAUCAGGCUCUUUUUAUAUUUUUAUUACAGGAAUAUUGCAAAAAUGUUUAAAUAUUCCUCAAACACAAGGAAUGAACUGAAUUUUAGUGAAGUUAAUUUUCUUUGGGUCAGAGUGCUUUUACUUCAUCCUCUUAUGAAACACAGUGUUAUAGCAGCAUAUUCACAUCUCAUGUUAGAUGGGUGGUAAUAGAAGAAUCUCAUGUUUUUCAUUUCCUUUUCAUAAGAAGUUUUCCCCCAUUGUGUAAGAAUCAAGUUUCAUGUGCAUGACUUGUUUGAGGCCACGAAAGAUCUUUUCAGGGAAGCAGUAGAUAAAUAAACCCGCUUGCUCAAACGCA